UCGGUGAGAGAGGCUGUGGACGCUCCCACUUCGGCGCGCUUGACUUACUCCGGGAGACGUGUGUGUGUGAAACUUUUGCGAUUACUCGUGUUUCUCGCGCUCUUGGUUGACAGUAUCGGUAGAUGUCGUGAUAAAUAAUAUUGUGUUCUGUGUAGAAAAUGCAUGUACGGUGAUUUAAUUACUUGCUUGUGAAAUAAACUAUAGUGAAUUUGUGACCUCAAGUCCUGACCCGAACUGCUGUCGGAUUUGAGAUUUUACGGAAAAACCCACUUAUAAUUAUUUUUUAAACAUAUAUGUGAAGAUUAACAUUAAUAAAGGUUAUUUGACGGUUUAAUGAGAUAAAACUUAUUAGUGACAUACUCGUGUGGUCAGUAUGAUACGUGGACACGGGUAAUAGCCUUGUUGUGGACAUGCCAGUGAGAGAGGAGACUUUGACACGGGGGCGGGGCCACGUAGUCAACAUGUUGGUGUUGCUGUGUGUGUAUGUCACUUGUGUUAUCAUUACUCAACCAGGCGGGGCAGUGAGCGUCGGGGGUACAGGUGCUCCAGCUGGCCCCGUGCUGGUGGAGCCGCCCCCCGGGGUGGUCACCUUCACCAACACCUCCGGGACAGUGCUGGGGUGCCUGGCGAAAGGUGACCCGCCCCCUCAGAUCACCUGGCUCAACCUCGACCACUCCCCCGUCACCAAUAUCGCCGGCGUGAGGGAGGUGUUGAAUAACGGGUCACUGGUCAUCUGGCCCUUCAGUGGCACCGACUACCGCCAGGAUGUACACGCUGCCGUCUACCAGUGCCGCGCCUCCAACCCUACAGGCGUGGUGCUCGCUCCGCCCACCACCCUUAGAGCAGAAGGACGCGACGGUGAUUGGCUGACAGCAGUGGGCGAUAGCAAGUCGUCUGGCCCCGCUGAUCACCCGCUCUUGCGUCAACUUGCCGACAAUCACUCCCGGGUUUAUCUCUUCUUAACGCUCAAGCUUUAUCGCCUCUGUCGCAGUAACACGGACGAACACGACUACGAUCGAUAUGACUACGACCAACACGACUACGAUCGAUACAAAUACGACCAACACGACUACGAUCGAUACGACUAUAACCAAGGCGACUACUGGAACGACAUUCAAUAA